UCCAUGGGAACGGUAUGAAUUUAUGAUUUUCAUGUAUGACAUCUGUCAGACGUUUUCCUUCAAAAUGGCAAUCGAAUGGAAAAAGAAACUUGCUGUAUUUCUGGUCAUAAGUGGGAUAGUUUUGAUUUUGAUUGGUGUUUUUGUUGGUCGAAGGAUUAUACAAAGCGUUCAUGACAAUGUUGCCAAGAAAAACUGCGUUACAAGCAAAACUGAUGAAAGCUUCCGACAGUGGAGCGCCAAAUCUGUACGCAAAACAUCGGUUACAUUCUGGCAUAUACUGAAUAAAGAAGAAUUUUUGUAUCAAAGGAAACUUCCCAAGCUUGAAGAGAAAGGUCCAUACAUUUACACGACGACAGGAACAAAAAUAGACAUCAAUUUUGAUAAAGACACUGUAUCUUUUAAAGAGUACAAAACACAAGUGUUUGAUGCAGAGUUAACCCAUGAGAAAUGCCCAAGCUGCAAUGAAAAUGACAAGGUUACUAUACUGAAUACUGCUUAUAUGGGACUUAUCGCACAAUUUAAAGGAGAUCGUGCGUUUAGUUUGUUUAUGAUUCCUAAUAUUGUCAAGGCAUAUCUAGAGCAAUUGCAGGUCAAGAUAUCUGACAAAAAAAGCGCGUAUACUUAUCUUGGUAAUCAUAAAGUGACUGUAGAUAAAAGAGGUGUACCCGCUUUCGGGCCAUGGCUUGGCGAAAACUCAUCCUUUGUCGCWAGUAUCAUUAACGGAACAAGAGCGGGAAAAAGCUACAACUGGACUGAAAUGGAAGCUCUCUAUAAUGUUCUUACAAACGCAUCUCUCUUAUUACCUCCUCAAACGUCAAACACCACAGAUCCAACUGUUAAAGAGCGAGGUCUUGUGACGUAYCUUGGGGCAUAUGCUGCUCUUGCUAAAACUAAUACUACCAUUUCAAAUGCAACCAUCAAAGCAACGAAAAUGCAGAAGCUACAAGCAAGAAUGAACGAACUUCUUUGCCCUAACCGAAAUAGUAGWACCUGUUUCCAGGUCAACGACGCCAUUACCAUUCAAGCUUUGACACUAUUUGUAACAUCUUAUCUAGCCGCUACGUCCUUUAACUUCUUAGAUGAGAACAACUAUGGGCUUAUCGUUUCACGUCCGGUAAAAGAACUUGUACUGGGAUAUACAAUGACCAAACUUCCAUUACCUCCUAAGUACCCUAAUGGGAUUCCUGUUCCUGGAGUUUUGGAAAAUCAUGCAAGUGAAUCUGWUGCUCGUAAUAAAAGCAAAGUUGUAUCGUUAUAUACGUGCGGCUCAACCUUAGGCGCACCUUAUACCUGGGCAGGUUAUGAUGGCAAAACAAUGGUUCCUCAGUCCUACUUUCCAAAUGCUAUGCCAGAGCAACUAAAAAUUGCUGGUUACCAUACUUCACAGUUUACUGCCACACGGAAACUAUCCACAUGCAAAAAUACAUAUCCUGCUACUGCCCCUCAUUUUGACAUAUUUGUUGGAGCGAUCUUCCAGCAACUGAGACUGAAAUACCAAACAUCACAGACAAUCCAUGGUGUUCAUCUAAACAGAUACAUACUUGACGAAGAUAUAAUGAAGACGAACAAUAGAACAAUUUUCAUGGAUGGCAUCAUUGACGUGUCCAACAUUCGUGGUAUUCCUGUGUCCAUCAGUGCUCCAGGCUUUCUUUAUUGUCAUUCAAGCCUUUACAAACAGCUUUCCAUGGUAGAGCCAGAAGUUGAAACGUAUGGAACUACGAUCGACAUCGAGCCUGUUACCGGAAAACCAAUGAAUGUUAUGUUUAGAGUACAAAUCAAUUCGCUGAUAACUAAGGAAAUAAUCAGCACUGAAAGACAUCGCCCACUCAACAUGACAUUCUACGAAACUGAGAAGCCGUAUACUAAACACUUCCCACUAUUUUGGACUGAAGACGGGGGCAAACUGACAAAAAAGGGUGCAAGCUAUCUUCAAGAUGAGCUUUUUUCCUAUUUUUCCGUUUCUUGCACCAUAACCGUUGUUCUACCUGUCAUUGGAAGUUUGGUGCUCAUCGCUGGCAUCAUUCUAGUUCUCUUGAUAGUCAAGACUUCCAGCACCGGAAAUGCAGUAUCGGGGGAAAGAAACUAGGAGUUAGGCAACAGCAGCUUUUUCAUAAAUUGUACGGAAAGAAUAUAAAAAGAGCUAGCCAUAUCUUUGGACUCAUACCUUUCAUUGUAGAUCUGAAU